CCAAAGUGCCGGUGGAUGUCAUUUAUGUCAGUGGACUGGUGUUUGGUAGUUGUUUUGUCAUAUUUUGUUUACAAUCUUGUGAACAGUAAUAAAUUGUGUGGUACAAAAUAGUAUUCAAGAUGAAAGCAGAAACUGCACCACCUUCUGAUAAACCUAAAAUACCGUUGCCGACGCUUUCUCAGAUCAAUGCCGAUCGAAUAACUCAGCUUGCUAAUCAGUACUGGUCGCCACAAACCAAGGAGAGCCACCUACCUUAUGAUGCUUCAAUCGUGGAGUCAAUCUAUCAAGCAGAAAUACUUGGAUCCCAUUUCUCAGUACGUCGGAUCAUGAUGCUGGAGUUCUCCCAGUACCUGGAGAACUACCUAUGGCCACACUACAAGGCGGGCGAGGCGUCGCCAGCGCACAUGAUGUCUAUCAUCGUCAUGAUCAACGAGAAGUUCCGUGAACGUGUGCCCGCUUGGCAGGCAUUUCUGAAGCAGCCGGAACAUUUCCCAGCGUUCUUCGAGCAAGUCCUGCGCGCCAGUGUGGAAGAUGAUCAGACCACUAGUAAUAUGCGGGAACAGACGGCUCUGUUGCUAUUCCUGAACCACUGCUUUGGUAGUAUGGAGGUGCAACUCUGUCGAGACCAGGUGAAGAGGCUCGUCUCACUUAGUAUGUGGAUCAGUUUACAAGAAGGUCGCAGAAACCAAGAAUUCAAAAUAGUGCCAAAAUGGCGGAAAUAUUGGCGCGCAAUUCAAAAGAAGGACAAGCCAGAAUUGUUGGAGAAACUGAACUGGGAGAGACUGUAUCUGCAGAGGCUGAUGAUUAAGUUCAUGAGGAUACUUGAGGCUAUUCCUGAAGUUGGGGAUAUUGAUGCUCAUGCCGUGAGAUACUGUGAACGAUUCCUGGAGCUGAUGAUAGACCUGGAAGCUCUGUUGCCGACGCGGAGAUUCUUCAACACAGUCAUGGACGAUUGUCACUUGGUGGUUCGCAGUCAGAUGGCGCCACUUACACGCAGACCUGAAGGACAGCUGUUCUGUCAGCUCUUAAACAUGCUCAAAUUUUAUGCAAGAUUCGAAAUAAGUGAUGAAACAGGAGAUCCUAUGACAGAUAGAGACAUGACUUUACAACAUUAUUCCAGAAUAACUUCACUUCAGAAAGCAGCAUUUUCUAAAUUCCCGGAUCUGCGUUUAUUUGCCCUUGCAAAUGUUGCUAGCGUUGACACCCGAGAGUCAUUGCAGAAACAUUUUGGUAAUUUAAGUGAAAAUGCACUUCGCGCUAUCGCUACGUAUUUGAAUCUCGUACCACCUGAAGGAAAAGAAAAUGAAGCUCCUUGGCAUCGAUUAGACAAACCGUUCUUAAAGGAGUUAUUGAUCUCACGACAUGAACGCCGCAUUUCACAACUAGAAGAAUUGAAUACCAUGCCUUUGUACCCUACAGAGGAAGUCAUAUGGGAUGAAAAUGUAGUCCCGACAGAAAUCUAUAGUGGGGAAAAUUGUCUUGCUUUACCCAAACUGAAUCUGCAGUUCCUUACUUUACAUGAUUAUUUGCUGAGAAACUUCAACCUGUUUCGUUUGGAGAGCACGUAUGAAAUCCGUCAAGAUAUAGAAGAUGCUGUAUAUCGGCUGGCACCGUGGCGUGCUGAAGAUGGGAGCGUAUAUUUCGGUGGCUGGGCUCGAAUGGCGCAUCCCAUAACGAGCUUCGCAGUAGUGGAAGUGGCUAAGCCCAACAUUGGAGAAAAAGCACCCUCAUGUGUAAGGGCUGACGUUACAGUCACCCUCAGCGUUAGAAAUGAGAUCAAAUAUGAAUGGGAAAGCUUACGCAAACACGAUGUGUGCUUUUUGAUCACUGUGCGGCCAACACAAGGCAUUGGUACGUAUAGGGGAAGUCAGCUCAAAGCGGCCACCUUAUUCGUCCCAAGAAGCCUGCGCUGUUUUUCUCUUGUAGAUGCCUCUGGUAGAGUCAUUGAGGAGGGACCCGAGCCCAGGCCUGAGCUCGAAGGAGAUUCCAGAACAUUCCGAUUGCUACUCGACCCUAACCAGUACAGGCUUGAUCUAGACCAUGCCAGUAAAGGCAAUGAGGAUGUAUACGAAACUUUCAAUAUAGUAAUGAGACGCAAACCUAAAGAGAACAACUUCAAGGCCGUGCUGGAGACGAUACGAGAGCUGAUGAACACAGAGUGCGUUGUGCCCGAGUGGCUCCAUGAUAUCGUUCUAGGUUAUGGGGACCCAGGACAAGCUCAUUAUACCAGAAUGCCCAACGAGAUACCGACACUGGAUUUUAACGAUACAUUUUUAGACAUGGAACAUCUUCGAAACAGUUUCCCCGGCUACGAGAUAAAAGUGCAGACAGAUGACCCUAGAAAAUUAGUCAGACCAUUUAAAGUAACGUUCGAGAAUGUUCUCCAGAAACAGCAGAAUGGUGGUGAACCUAUGGACGAGGACGAACCUCGGAAGGUGAUCCUUGUGGAACCUCACGUCCAGCCUAAGAGAGGACCCUACCUAUGCAAUGAACCUAAAAAAAAUACUAUACCUUUCACGCCUACCCAAGUUGAAGCUAUCCGGUCUGGAAUGCAACCUGGAUUGACCUUGGUUGUAGGUCCACCGGGGACAGGUAAGACGGACGUGGCUGUACAAAUAAUAUCAAACCUGUAUCACAAUUUCCCAUGGCAACGAAACCUGGUGGUUACCCACAGUAAUCAAGCUCUAAAUCAGCUCUUUGAGAAAGUAGCAGAGUUAGAUGUGGAUGAAAGGCAUCUGCUACGUCUCGGGCAUGGUGAGGAAGCCCUGCAAACUGACAAGGAUUUCUCCAGGUAUGGUCGUGUAAACUACGUCUUAGCAAAGCGCUUGGAACUUUUGGAGCGCGUAGGUAGGCUACAGAAGACCCUGGAGGCUGGUGAGGAUGCCGGAGCCACCUGUGAACUGGCCCACCACUUCCACGUGUAUCAUGUGCGGCCAAGAUGGGAGACUUUCCUCGCUAAGUGUGCCCAAGACCAGAACAAGUCCAUAGAGACAAUAAGCAAGGAGUUUCCGUUCCAUGAGUUCUUUGACGAUGCACCCAAGCCUUUGUUCCCUGGAAAAUCUUACGAAGAAGACAUGGAAGUCGCUCAGAGUUGUUACAGAUACAUUGAUCAUAUUUUCGAGGAACUUGAAGAAUUCCGUGCAUUCGAACUGCUUCGAUCAGGGUUGGAUAGAUCGAAAUAUUUGCUUGUUAAGGAAGCAAAAAUUAUAGCUAUGACAUGUACACAUGCAGCACUUAAGAGAUCUGAAUUGGUACAAAUGGGCUUUAAAUACGACAACAUAUUAAUGGAAGAAUCAGCCCAAAUUCUGGAGAUUGAGACGUUCAUUCCGCUACUGUUACAAAACCCACAAGACGGUCGGUCUCGGCUAAAGAGAUGGAUCAUGAUCGGUGACCACCACCAGUUGCCACCGGUCGUGAAGAACAUGGCCUUCCAGAAGUAUUGCAACAUGGAACAGAGCCUGUUUACCAGGAUGGUCAGGCUUGGAGUACCUUACGUGGAACUAGAUGCUCAAGGACGAGCUAGACCAAGCAUCUGCAACCUCUACCGUUGGCGUUACCUGGCACUGGGUGACCUUGGUCAUGUGACCCGCCUACCUGAAUACCGAGCCGCGAAUGCUGGCCUUCGAUACGACUUCCAGCUGAUUAAUGUAGAUGACUUCAAUGGAGCAGGGGAGACUGAACCUAGCCCUUAUUUCUAUCAAAAUCUGGCAGAAGCUGAAUAUGUAGUGGCAGUGUUCAUGUAUAUGCGGCUGAUUGGCUGGCCAGCGGACCGCAUCUCAAUUCUUACCACAUACAAUGGACAGAAACACCUCAUCAGAGACGUUAUAGAUAAACGAUGCGCCGAAAACCCGCUCAUCGGACGACCACAUAAGGUAACUACAGUGGACAAGUAUCAAGGUCAACAGAAUGACAUUGCCCUAGUAUCGUUGGUCCGUACCCGUGCUGUGGGUCACGUCAGGGACCUUCGCCGUCUCAUCGUGGCCGCCUCCAGAGCUCGUCUCGGCCUCUACAUCUUCGCUAGAGCCAACCUCUUCAGGAACUGUUUCGAACUACAACCUACAUUCAAUCAGCUCGUGGAACGUCCCUUGGAGUUGGAACUAGUACCGGGUGAACGCUGGCCUGCACAGCGCAGCGCUGCAGCCAACGUGCCGGACGCCAUGACACUACGUAUACGAGACAUGCCACAUAUGGCUCAAUAUGUCUAUGACAUGUACCUUGAACGAGUCAGACAGUGCAAGGACCAAUAUGAGCGUUCUCAAGGCGUAUGGUCAGCCCCGGGAACAUCGCGUGCCUCUCGUCCAGCGCACGCGCCGCCCGCACAACAUGCUCACCCUGGCGCCAAUGACAGUGAUGACGACGAACCAGCCAGUACAGACACCAGUACAGCAUUCCAACCGACAGACAUUGUGAACGAAGUUGAAGAAAACCCCACUGAUACCUCUUAAUUGUAAUUUAAAUAAGCGAACAGUUUAAUAAAGCAACUUUAAUAAUAA